CGCAUUAUCAGUAUCACACAUAAUAACCGCGCUCUGCAACACAAGUUUUCAUCAUCUUCUACCUUUCGGAAAUUGAAAUCAAUCAAAUCCUCAAUCGGCCAAAUGGCUACAACUAAGCUUAUCUCRUCUAUCAUCGUCGAUCAACUCUCUGUUGUUAUCGCCAGGCGUGGAUUUGCGAUGGCAGCACAUGGAAGUGUAUCAGGAACCGUGAGGGGAAGCGGAGUUGCAAUGAUGAAGAAAGGAGGCGAUGAAUCGAAGAAAUCAUCGACUCCUUGGGUUCCAGAUCCAGUUACAGGCUACUACAAGCCAGAGGACCAAACAAACCAGAUCGAUGCCGCUGAUCUCCGUGAACUACUUCUGAAGAACAAAACUCGUCGACACUGAUUAAACUCAAUGAACAACUUGAUCCGUAAAUCAGAAGAUAUGAAGGUGACUUAUUACGUUCACCUGAAACAAACCGAACUGUUGCAUAACUUUGAAACUUAAUUAGCAACAAUGAAGGAAUUAGCCUUGCUGGUAUACAUGGAAUGAGUAUAUGAUCUUCCAUCUGUUAUUCGAUAUCUUUGUUACUAAGCCAUGAAUGAUUUUUUAUUAAUAAAAUAUUACUCUGUUAACCUAUUCA